CCCUGCGCUCUGUCGUUCGUCGUCAUUUCCGUUGUACGUACUUCCGGUUUAGAUUAUUUCAUCCAUGCUCCCGAAACGGUGAAUUUUCAACACGAAAAGGUAGACAGAAGAACAAAACCCGGUCAAACCACAGCAAACAUGUUCAAGCUGGAAGGACUCGGGCCCAAAAUGGACCCAGAGGAGAUGAAGAAGAAAAUGCGACAGGAUGUCAUCUCAUCGCUACGAAACUUUCUUAUUUACGUCGCCCUUCUCAGAGCCACCCCAUAUGUAUUAAAGAAGCUGGACAGCAUAUGAGCAGAGGCGUAGAUCUCUUCUUCCACCAUCUACGAGAGUUUACUCCAUCAGAGACAGUAUGGACCACCAUCAGCACACAACUGCAGCCAUCGCACGACAUCCUGCUGGAGACCACUGGUGUCUGUCCAUUACUGCACCUGGGGAAACACAUCGAUCUCAUUUCUCAUGUCUUGUUCCUUUUUGUAAACUUUAGUCUGCCUCAUGUUGUGAUCACUGUUAGAUGCAAAGUUUGAUAAUGUGCACGCCUGCUGUGUUCACACAUUAAAGGUAAACCAUGUUUAUUUUGUUGGAUUGUUUGUUCAUGGCAGAAAUGCUCAGGCCUGCACACAAUGAAUGGAAACUAUCAAACUGCAUUACAAAUGUACACUGUAAGGCAAACAUUUUUUUGAAUAUUUUCAUGAUUCAGUUUUAAACCUUCCAUUUGAAAUCACUGAAAAUAAAAAUAGAGAAAAGGAAAA